AUGGGUCGUCCAGACGGUCCGCGCGACCCAAUCGCUGGUCCCGACACACCCCAACCUCCAUUCCCCAUAAAGCUCCGAGGACCCGUAGUCAAAGGUUUUGGACGCGGAAGUAAAGAGCUGGGCAUCCCCACAGCCAACAUCCCCCUCUCCGGCCUCAGCAUAGGCGGCCACGACACGCUAGAUUCAGGAAUAUACUACGGCUGGUGCACGCUCGACACGUCGACCAUUCCCUCUCAAACCAGCGCCUCAUCCGUCCCAAGCGCCACAUCCGACACAUCCAUCCCCACGCGCUCCUCCUCGCACGCGGUUGCGGACCUAGAAUACUCGUCUUCCACCCCCACGCCCUCAACCGUAUACCCCACCGUGCUGUCCAUUGGCUACAACCCGUACUACAAGAACGAGAAGCGGUCGAUCGAGAUACACAUUUUGCAUAGUUUUGAAAAAGACUUUUAUGGUGCGGAGCUGAGUUUGCUGAUUAUGGGGUUUAUCAGGCCCGAGUAUGAUUAUGUUAGUAAGGAGGCGUUGGUUGAGGAUAUUAGGGAGGAUAUCAGAGUUGCGAGGAGGAGUUUGGGGAGGGAGGGGUAUGAGAAGUGGAUGGGGGAUGCGUGGUUGAAGGGUGGGGAGGAGGGUGCGGCGCAAUAG